AUGGGAAACCAGACAUUUUUGAAUGAAUUAUUUUUCUCUGGAUUGUCUGAUAUUCCAUCUCUUCAGCUUCCUCUCUUCCUCUUCUUCCUCCUCAUCUACCUUCUGACAUUAAUCUGGAAUUCUCUGAUCAUUGUCCUCGUAGUCACCGACUCUCACCUCCAUGUUCCUAUGUAUUUCUUCCUCGGGAACCUGGCCGGCAUAGACCUCUGUAGUUCCUCGGUCACCGUCCCACGCAUGUUAUUUGACCUUCACACCGAGACAAGAAAGAUUUCCAUACAGGCUUGUAUAGCCCAAGUCUUCUUCUUUUUUUUCUUAGCUGAUUCUGAGAUUUUUCUGUUGGCUGUCAUGUCCUAUGAUCGAUAUACUGCAGUUUGUCGGCCAUUACAUUACACACAGAUCAUGAGUUGGAAAGUUUGUGGUCAGUUUGCCUCCAUUAUAUGGUGCUUUGCUUUGACUAAUUCUUUACUUCACACACUUUGUGUCUUAAAUUUAAGAUUUUGUGGAUCAGAUAUUAUAGAAAGUUUCUUCUGUGACCUACCACAGUUGCUUCAAAUUUCCUGCAGUGACGUCUUCAUCAACAUUCUGCUCAUCUUCGUCUUUGGUGCCAUCCUUGGAGGUGGCCCUAUGAUACUGACCAUCGUUUCUUAUGUCUAUAUAUUCAGAACUGUCCUCAAAAUGCAAGUUAAAGAUACAAUGAGUAAAGUUUACUCUACGUGUACGUCUCACCUGACAGUGGUCUUCUUAUUUUAUUGCUCCAUUAUGUUUAAUUAUUUUCGGCCAAGCCGUAACCAACAUUUUUCUGGUGACAAAGUUGUGUCCGUCUUUUACACGGCGAUUGUUCCUCUCCUCAAUCCUCUGAUUUACAGUCUGAGGAACCAGGAUUUGAGAAAAGCAAUUCACAAUGUUUUUAAAAGGAUUGUCUCCACCGUAAUAUAUUCUCAGUAGUUGCCCUGAGAUCCACCACAUUGUCACAGAUUUACUGAGCGUACGGCAUCCCCCAGGUCAUGGAACACUUGUUAUUACUAGACAUGUGCAUUCGUUUUCAUCCGAAUGCGUUUUCGUCCA